AUGGCCUCACAAUCUCUAAUUCCCCCAUUCCUCCUUCCACGAGACAUAUCCACGCGGACUCUCCUCUUCACAUCCCGCAAUAUCCGCCACAACCAAUCACCACUCCACCCCCAUCUCCACCUCCGCCCAAAAUCCACAACCACGAAGUCCUCCUCCCCCAGCGGGCCCCGCGUUCUCGAAAAGCCCGACCGUUUCAGACCCCCCUCCCACGCAGCGCGGCGCGUGACAAACCCGCGCUCCGCCAGAGAACCGCUCAACUACCCCGGUCCCCGGUUGACGGAGGCUGAGCUGGCGGAGAAAAAGACAAAGCGGUAUCCGCAUAUGUUUCCGCCGGAGGGGACGGUGAUGCAUAAAUUUUUGACGAAUAAGGGGAUUCACGUUUGGAUUUCGAUGUCGGUCCUUGUCACACUAGCAACAUUCACAUUCACCACGAAUUUCAAACGCACCUCCCCUUUCGCGCAACUGCUACCACCCUGGUCGCAGCUCCUCAUACAUCCGAUCGAUACUAUCGCGCAGGUCUUGACGGUUAUGAAGAUGCAUGCGGAUCAUCAGACGUUGGAGACGAUGGAGAGGAGGAAGAAGAAGAUGGAUGAUGUGGAGAAGAGGAGGGCGUAUCGGAGGGCACAUGGGUUGGAGAAGGUGGAGGGUGAGGAGGGUGUGGUUGCGGAUGGGGAAGGGGAAGUGCAAGAGAGGAGACGGAGGCCGAUUAAGAAGUGGUUGGGGAUUUGGUAG